AUGACUUCCGGAACACACGAAGCAAUGAACCGGAAGACUUCACGAAAGAGUUCUGGUUCAAUCAGAAAGAAGUUACAAACCGAAACACUUCUUGAAAGAGUUUCGGCUAGUGAUGAGGUUGCGUAUGGUCAACGGUUGCAUCAACUUGAGCAAGCAUGUGUUGAUUAUAGUGGAUUUAUUAAUUAUGUGAAAAACACAUGGUUGACUCCACAUAGGCAUAGAUUUGUUGGAGCAUGGAUUAAUCGAGUGCUACAUUUGGGUAACACAACGACUAAUCGGGUUGAGUCUGCUCAUUGGAAGUUAAAGCAGAUGUUAGGAAACAGUAUAGGUGACAUGGUCAAAUGUUGGGAAGCCAUGAAUAACAACUUGAGGUUACAACUGGGAAACAUUAGAGCUUCUUUUCAAAAGAGUUUUUACGAAAUUGAGCACGCGCACAUAAGUCCCUUUUAUGGUUAUUUGCGUGGUUUCGUAUCUCGAGCUGCUUUGAGACGUAUUGCUGAAGAGUUAUUGAGAGUUGAUUAUGUUGGAACUAAUAGGCAAAUAUGUGGUUGUACUCUUAGAACAUCUUAUGGGUUACCUUGUGCUUGUGAGUUAGGAAGAUACACACUAGGUGGUAUACCGAUACCCAUUGAUGUUGUUCAUGUUCAUUGGAGGAAACUAACUAUGGAAGUUGAGUUAGAGGUAGGUGAAGAUGAUGGAUCAGAGGUGGAUAUGACUUGUGCAAUGGAUGAAUUGUGGAGACGAUUUAGGUCAUUAGAUGUUAUUGGGAAAAGGGCAUUAAAGAGUAGGGUAUGUGAACUAGCAUACCUAACAAUGACUCUGUCAUACGGUGAACUGACUUUAGGGUGUUUUGCUUUUUAUCGCAAUGUCGCGGAUAGCAAGAGUCGCCACCGACUUUUCUUUUAUCCAAUAAGGAAAGGUGGAAAAGAACAGGAAAGACCUUAAUAGAUUUUGGGUUCGGGAGGUACAUUAUACAAAGGGAAGGUGUUAGCACCCUUUGUAUCCAUGGUUAUCCAUGGGCUCUUAAUUGCUGGAUCACUUAUAUUUUUGUCUGAAAAGUGUUCGUGAAUUGUUAAAAAAAUGUUUCGAAAAGAGAGUUUAACUUUGUAAUGAUUCUCGUAUGAAUGUAUACAAAGUGUUUAUCUCGUUUGAUUUUGAAGACGGUUUAGAAAAAUGUAACUUGGUAAUGAUUCUAGCAUGAAUGUAUACCAAGUGGUGAUUUUCUAGGAUUUGCAAAGUGUGAGGGGUGGAAAAUGUUUUAGGUUAUGAUCCAGCAAUUGAGAGUUAUACCUUCCUAAGGUCGUUAUGGGCAUUUCCUAUCCUUAUGAGGGUAAAAUUGUCCUUACUAUUGAGAAGUAGGUAAUUUUACCCUUUGGAUGUUUAAGGGUCAUCGUAGGGUCAUCGAUAGGUCAUUGAAGGCAACAGUUGUAAGGAUACCUUAGCAUUCGAAGGGACGAUCAUCAUUUAACCGUAGGCUACACCGAAGGGUCAUCGAGGGACAAAAUCGUAUUUUCGAAGGCAACAUCCGAGGGACUAUGAUUUAUUUUAUGAUGAUUUAAUCGAAGGGUCUUUGCUAAGUGUAUCCCUACAUUCGCGGGACAUGACCGUA